GAAUUAGACCAUCUACUCGUAGACCAAGAGGUCUACGAUCCAAUCAACAAGAUGUUUUCUUGCAAAACAUGCGCAUGAGAAAUAUGAUGUGAAUACAGCUCUUCCACAUAAUGGCCCUGGGAAUCGGGGGUGCUGAAGCAUAUCUACAUGUAUAUGGCUCAGCGGAAACGUUUGCAAACCAAAAAAGGAGUGAAUAAUGACAUGAAUGAGUGAUCUGUAGAGCUUUACUGUGACUCAUUUGAUGACAAUCUGUUCGGCAUGUUCGGUGGAUUGGCAUGAUUUAAAGAAUGCCACUCAUAAUAUACAAUUGAAAUCUACAAGGAAUCGCUACGGGCAAGAUGAAACUCGUAACAUUCACCAAGUUCACGUUACUGACUAUAGCAUUCACCUCUUUGACCAAUGCUGCAAAUAUCCUUGUUACUGUCUUAGUUCCAGAAUACACCAGUCAUCCUAAAAGCAUGUCCGCUAUAACAGGAGCAUUGAGCAGUCGCGGCCACAACGUCACCAUCCUGACCUGCUCAUUUGUAGGAACAGAAGGCUUCCCGAGGGACACCUACAACACCGCCCUCCACUACCGCUUCGAUGUUCCUUCAGGAUACGAGGGCACCCUGGACACCAUGAUAGAGGAUUUCUUUCAGAAGGGUCCGUUAAGUAAUAUGAUAGAUAUAGGGAAACUGUACUCUUGGAUAAGGUUAGCUUGCCAAAGUCUCCUUGAGGACUCCGCUGUUCUGUUUCGGCUGAAGGAAUCACAUUUUGAUAUCCUGAUCGGGGAUGUCGUUGACGGAUGUGAUGCGAUCCUCAGUAGUUACCUAGGUAUACCGCACAUAGCUGUGACGACGACAACGAGAUAUUUUCUUUUUCACGAACGCCUCUACGGGAUUCCAGCGCCUUCAUCGUACGUACAAUAUUCACUCCCCUUAUCAGAUCAGAUGACGUUUCUGGAGCGGGUUGCCAGCUUCAUGGACCAUAACCUUGUGUCGAGAUUUUUAGGGUGGGUUCACUUCGGAGCUUUAGACGAGAUAAAGGACGCGCAUGGUAUUGCUCCAGGACGAAGCACCCAAGAGCUCGUAGGAGAUGCAGAGUUGUGGAUGUGCAUGACGAGCUUUGCCUUUGAUUUCCCUCACCCAACAGCACCCAACUGGGUAGCUAUCGGAAAUACGGUCGGUGUCCCAGCAAGACCGUUAGACAAGAAAUACAAAGAAUUUAUUGAGGGAUCUGGAGAACAUGGUUUCAUCAUAUUCUCACUGGGCUCUUAUUUUACGCGGGUGCCAUUACAUAUGGCAGAGGUCUUCGCCAGAGUCUUCAGUGAGCUUCCACAGAGAGUGAUCUGGCGGUAUAUUGGGCCACGCCCCCGUCACCUUGGCAAUAACACGUUGAUCGUAGACUGGAUACCCCAGAACGACAUACUUGGUCACCCUAAAGCAAGAUUGAUGAUAUAUCAUGGCGGUUUGCGAGGCAUUCUAGAAGCUAUAUACCAUGCUGUACCACUGGUCGUCAUGCCAGUGAUAUUUGAUCAAGCGUCCAAUGCUGUCAAGGUCAAGACUAAGGGAAUUGGAAGGAUUCUCAACAGAUUCUACGCUACCGACGAGAACGUGAGGGAAGUGAUCACGGAUGUCCUGGUAAAUCAAAGUUACAGGGAUAAUAUCAUCAAAUAUUCAAGAAUCUACAAAGAUACCCAAUCUGACCCUGAGGAAACUAUAGUCUACUGGGUUGAACAUAUCCUCAAACAUGGCGGAUCACACCUGAGAUCUAGAGCACUGCAACUCAACUUCAUCCAACUUAAUUCCAUUGACGUCUUAGCGUUCAUCGGCGCCAUCCUUCUCGUUACCACCUUCCUUGUUUAUUCAUGCUGUAUACGAUGUCCAUCCCGAUGCUUAAACAGUAGAAAGUCAAAAUUAGAAUGAUUUUUAUCUAAUUUCGCAACGUUAUACGACCGGUAAAUUGAUGUUGUAUCUUGUCGUACUUUGUAAAGCACUCAGUUUAGACCAUAAUUGUUAUCGAUGCCCAAAAUGUAUACAAAUGGCGUAUUGAAUCAUUUACUUACGUUACAUUUGCAGUAUGCAAAUCACCUCUUAUUCAUCCUUUUUUAUUUAGUUAUUUGUUCUACAACGGUUCUUUCAGCUCUACCUGUAGAUUGAAUUAUUUACGUCACACUGGAGUGACACCCAUGUAUGAUCAAUAAACUUUUAGAAAAAAAAAAUAUCAUGUACGAAAUGGAAGCUUGGAAUUUUUUGUUUGAGGAAAACAUCUCUCGCUAGCUGGAAAUGUAAGACUGAGGUUUGUUCUGUAUAGCGAACAUGGUGAAAGGGCAUGAGGAUGAGAGUGUGUGUUUGUGUAUGUUGGUGUGGGUGUAAUAGGUCCAUGGUAGUGAGAGAGAUACAGGUGCCACGAGCCUAAUUACAACAGGAAGGAAAAAUUUAUUGAUUCGUCUCCACCCAUUUGAAUUUGUUUAAAUUUGAUAUUGCUGAUUGACAAGAGUAUGAUAUGAUUGACCAUCUAACACUGAUUACAGGAAGGGCAACUACUGAACUUCCUUUGCCCAAAGUUUGACGAAAUAUUGAUGAUUUUGGAACUUUUGGGGGGGCUGGCGGAAGAAUAGGGCUAUUUUGCUGUCUCAGGUGAUGAAUUUGAUCCCGUGAGGAGAUGUCUGCAUAAAUGCCGAUUUAUUUUAAAAAUGAGCUGGCUAAGCUAACCUAUUCUGGUCAGAUAUGGAAUGUCUGAUAUGUAUCAUAUCUACUGGUAGUAAACAUUCAACCCUCUAAUUUCAACUUCAUUUUUUAUGAUUUUUUUAACAGUGUAAUUUUACCGCACGAGUCUAUUGGAAAUGUUUUACGCGCGUGAUCCUAGAGUGACCGUGGCGGGUGGGUGUCGGAAAUGGAGGAAUAGAGAGUAGGAGGAAGACGAAGAGAAAGUUAAAGUAUCAUGACGAGAGAUCCAGAGAUAAAAAAGAAGCUAGUAUAAAAAGGCCAUUGAGUUAGUACUUGACACGUUUAAAACAAAAUUAAAUUGUGCGUAAUAAGGGACAUAUGUUGAUAUAAAAACAAUAAUAUAGCUAUUUAAUAGUGCCUCCCUUUUCAAAGAAUUUGAUAUUCAUAAACUUUCAUUUCCUUUCCUUGGAGGGGAAAAUCCUUGAAAAACAUUUGGAGCUUUAUCGAGACUUAAACAAAUUCUUACCUUCACUUGUCACGAAUUGAUUUGGGGUAAAGGAACUUUAUUUGUUGUCUUGUUCUGAUUCAUUCAAAUGUGAUCGUAAAUCCAGUAUUAAAAAAACGGAUUAUUGACGUCAAUCUGAUGAAAAGAUCUCAAAUAAUGUACCUUAAAGUCCAGAAAAGGUCACUUAUUUAGGCUUAUUAUAAUCACUCGGGUCGCGUUCGCGUUCGAAAUCACUCGGGUCGCGUUCGUAAUCACUCGGGUUUUGGAUUUUUGGCGAUUUUUUUUAUUUCGAUGCGAUUUGAUGUCUUCAAUGGGACAAACACG